AUGCAUAGCUUGCUGGCAAAGUAUGUUACAAUGAAGAGAUUUUACCCUCUAGUAUCUUCCAAGUUAUCACAAUCAAGUUCAUCCUCUCUUAUUGCUACUCCCGUGGAAGAAAAUUUGAACCAAUUAGAAGAAAAACCUCAAUCCUCUAAGAAACAAAGACAAGGAAUAGAUCUUGAUUCUUUAAAGAUUGAUCCAAAGGAGAGAAUACCCAUUCGAUACUUUCAUCCAAAUGAGCGUGAUGAGAUUAGAAAAGAAUACCCCCGAAAAGGUCCUUGCCAACCUCGAUAUCAUAAGUUUCUUCAAAGAGAUUUUUCGGGCUUAAAGCGCCGUUUCAAUCCUAAAUGGUUUGUUAAAUAUCGUAAUUGGUUGGAGUAUAGUGUGAUAGAAGAUGCAUCUUAUUAUUUGUGUUGGUACUUAUUUCAAGAUGAAUGCAUUCAUCAAGUUGAUGAAUCAUGUGAUGUAUCACGCAAAGAGCAAUUAGCUAUUGUCUUGCGAUAUGUUAAUAGAUGGGGAUCUGUGGUGGAGCAUUUUAUUGGGAUCGUUCAUGUGUGUGGACAGUACUAUGAUGGAGCAAACAACAUGCAAGAGGAUCUACAUAGCCUCAAAACUGUGAUUCAACAAGAAAGUAAAUCUGCUUAUUCCAUUCAUUGUUUCGCACAUCAACUUCAAUUGACUCUCGUUGCGGUAUCCAAAAUGUAUCUUCAAGUGGGAGAACUUGUAUUGUUGGUUUCUAUUGUAUUGAAUAUAGUGGGAGGUUCUUUUAAACAUAUGGAUGAUCUUCGAGAAUCUCAAGCAAAAAAAGUUCAAGAGGCAUUAGAUAUGGUUGAACUUGAAAUUAGUACGGGUUUGAAUCAAGAAUUUGGUCUUGCCAGAGCUGCCGAUACUUAUCGGGUUUCACACUACAAAUCUUUUAAGAACUUUAUUUCUAUGUUUGGUUCAAUUAUUGAUGUUUGUUCUGGUGCGGAAAAUCCGUCGCACUUGCGCAAUACGCCGAAUCUACGCCCAAAUCUGCUCUUCUACGCCCAAUUUCUCACUUUUGCAGAAGUCGCUUCUGCGCCCACUGAGCCGUAUCUGCGUCAUCGCACCUGCGGCCAAUUUCUCGCAG